CCAGUCAAGAUGAACACUAUACUCUUUCUCCUGUCUUUGGCCCUAUUUGCCAAUGGUGCAGACGUCAACGACUUAGUCGACGGCAACGUCAAACUGUCUUCAGCUUUAUAUACUAACCUCGCUACGCAAUAUGGACUAUCGUCACCAUUCCACGUGGGCCCGGCCACUGUAGAAUCAGUCCUUGCGGCCACACAAUCCGGCGCCAAAGGAGCAACCGCUGAAGAAAUCAGAACCGGCAUCUUCCUCCCGAACACCACCGCAGACACAGAAGCCGCAAUCAAAGACCUCUUAUCGACAAUCAACGCCAGUAUAACCAACGCCAUGUUCGUGGAGCCGUCAUACACCAUAACCGACGAAUACAAAACCACCGUCACUGACACCUACCAAACGUCCCUCGAAAACCAAACCUACAUCGAUCCUGCUGCAGCCAUGACAAAUUUGAAUCAAUGGGCUGCCAACCACAGCGACAACCAAUUCGUCACCGGUUUCAUAAACUCCGACUUCGCCAAAACCACGAAAACCGUCCUCAUCAACAACUUCCUCAUGGACAAAGCCUGGGCGAACCCGUUCUCCACAGACCAAACCAUCUCAGGAACCUUCUACUACUACAACGAAGACAAAAGCUCGUACACGCAAACCGUGUCCAUGAUGACGCAAGGUCCGAUUCUGUACAACUACCUCGAAAGCGAAGAACUAGAUGCCAAAUUUUUGGAACUGCCUUUUGAUGACGGAAGUACCACUUUCACUAUAGUGGUUCCAAACGCGAAAGACGGCCUGAUUGAGCUCGAACAACAAAUCGACAAGGUUUUGGCCACCACGGAUUUCGGUCAAGAGUACGUGCAAGUGUCGCUUCCUAAGGAAAGCUACAAGGUUGAGCACACUCCUCUGGUCACUCCUCUCCAGGCGCUUGGAGUGCAAAGCAUCUGGAGCAAUAGCGCCGAUUUGAGUGGACUGGCGGGCGUUCCCGGGGAGCUACGAGUCGACAGAGUUCUACAAAGUUCUUACAUAAAUGUUAACGAGGCUGGGGCGGAAGCAAUUGUUGGUUUACGCUUCGGUUGAAUUGAGGGUUACUGAGCAGCACACCGUGGUUGCUGACCAUCCUUUUCUAUUCUAUAUUAAAUACAAAGGGAUAAUUGUGUUUGUAGGAAGGCGCGUUAAAUAUUAGAAUGUAAAUUGUUGUAAAUAUAUGACUUUACAAAGA